AGCUUGUGUCUCUCGAUUGUGGCUACUUUUCUGGCAACAGAGUAAAAGGAGUCCAUGCAAGAGAAAGAAGAUUUCAUGGCUCAGAUCCCCAUCAUGGAUUUGUCUGGAAAUCAAGUGGCGCUGGUGGUACCAUUCUGUUUAUUGAUUUGAGUUUGUCGUAAUGAGGUGGGAUUCGUAGAUGUAUACACACUCCAUUGUCUUCCUUUUGUGGUUGCUAAUGUCUUAUUUUAAUUCCACAGCGGGGGAUAUAAUUUCACACAGACGUCUUGGCAAAGCCUUCAUCAGUAUGUCAAAUGAAAGGUUACCACCUCUCCCUCUCUAGAUAGCUGUUGCCUGUAGAAAGUGGUUAAUUCCACCCUCUUUAGAUACUGGUGCCAUACUGAUGCCUCUCGUACAAAUGAUCUGUAAUGUGUUGAUGUGCACCCAGGAAAUGAUUGAUGGUUGAUGAGGAAAGAUAUGACUCCGAGGCAAAAGUGAAGAAGACAAACAAAGAGAUCGAGGACCUGAAGAUGAAAGUGGUUGAGAUCCAGGGCAUAAAGAAGCCAGCUCUGAAGAAAGUGCGUAUGUCUGCUGAUGCUAUGCUCCAGGCUCUGCUGGGCACCAAGCACAAGGCUUCCAUGGAUUUCAGAGCCAACUUGAAAGAAGUGAAGAAGGAGGUCAAAGAGGAGGUGGGUAUUUGUGGGGAGAAUUAUGAAGCAGAGAAUCACAGUACUUUGGGAGAGGAAGUCAGUGACUGGCGUAAGAACGUUGAUGAACAGUCUGGCAUGGACGGCAGGAAGAAGAAGUUUCAGUCUGCAAAAAUGACAAAAUUAGUUUUGGUGUUCAAAACUACAGAGGAUACAGAGUGA